GGUGUCGCGACUUUGCGAUGCUUCAUCCGUAAUUCUGCCCGCCUUCGGGCGAGCUUGCGCAGUUUCCGCGCCAAUAUGGAUUCUUUAAGUGAUGCAUGCCUCGCGCCAAGGGCGCAGCAAUUUCCACGGAAUAUCGCGUCCGGGAGUACUCGCGAACGAUCGCUCGUCGUGACGCUCGACGUCUUCGGGUGAGAGCGGUUCGUCGUCCGUAUAGUUGGGACCUGGCGUGAUGUCCGAGGACUAUCAGCACGCCUGCGAGAGGGCAGAAUUGCUGGGUUUGGCGAGGCCCAGCGAGGAGGAGUGGAGGCAGUCGCAAACGGCGCAGGGCGAGACUUGUCCUCGCGGCGACGAUGACGACGACAAUGAUGGUGCAUUAAAGGACUUGGAUUACGCGGACGAGACGGCCGGACACAUCGGCAGCGGCCUGGACGAGCUCAACAGCAUUUUGAGCUCCACGCAGAAGAAGCUCAACAGAUUCAAGACAGUUUGCGGCAGUCUGGGAACGUUGCUGAAGGGGAAGGUGAAUUCUCGCGGCGGAACGCCGCGUCACAAGCCCGAAGAGUCGAAUCCCGCGGAGAAGCAGGAAGAUCUGGAGAAGUCCGAGACCACGGCUGACGAGGUGAUGACGGUGGAGACGUCGGUAGAUGACACCAUCGCGAACGCCGCGAACCAGCCCGCGAACAGCGGCGUCCAACCGAAGCAGGUCGAUCUCAAUAAAAAAAUGGGAUCCCAUCUGAGCAAGCUGGACUCCCUGAUCAAUAAGGCCGAGAACGCUCAAUACAGUAUGCAGCAUCAAACGAAGCAAAUGAAAAAGUUCCUGAAGAAGUAAUCGCAAUAAACGAAACGAAUCGCUAUAAUUAAAUUAACUCAGUAGACAGAUUUUUAAACGGUUUUUUAAAUAUUUAAAAAACUUACAGAGAAUAUUUAAAAAAUAUUAAAAAAAACAUUGUCUGCUGAUUAAGAAUCGGCUGUAAUUCGCGUGAGAUUGGUCAUCAAUUAAAUUAAUCGUAUCUUCCAUUUUAAGUGACAGCUCGCAUGAGAGAAUAUUUUACCAGAUGUCACGCGCGCAAAUUAAUCCCGAGAUGUUUCUUGACUUUGACCGAUAAAUUCUACAUUCCUGUAGAUGCGUAGUUAUGUAAGAAAACAUGAGCAAUUCCGCAGGCAACCAGCGCAUAUAGGAAGUCGUAUAAUAUUAAAUUGUUACGUUGCACAUACGAAGUUUAAUUGUUGCAUCGAAUAUUGGUACCUCUCUCGCAAUAUAUUUAUCAGAGUCGCGAGAAGAAACCUGUGAAUAAUUGUUAUCAAUUCUUUUAUAUGUCACGCGACGUUCUCUUUGUCGCUAAAAGCCCAAUAUUGUUACGAUAAUAUGUGUAUUAUCAAAUGUAUGUAUAUAUAUAUAUAUUUAUAUAUCACAAUUAUAUAUUAUAUAUAAUUUAAUUUUAAAUGGCACUCUUUAAAAUAUCUCUAAUAAUUCUAUGUAUAUAUAUACAUAUAUAUAUAUACGGAUGUUGUUGACGAAUGUAGUAUUGUUACAUAGACACAAGUAUAUUUCCGGUAAUUGAGGCUUUAUGCUUGGAUCCUUGACAAUACCGACAUAUCAGGUGUAAAAGAUACGGAAAGGCAUGUUGGCAAAUUGCGAGCCAGUGAUAAGCUUUCCUAUGCUGCAAAUGAUGUGAUAUUGUUUUACAUCGAUCUAGAGAUUAUUAUGACUUCUUACGAUCUAUAUAUACAUAUAUAUUUUAUUAUUGAAUAGUUUGCGCUCUAUUUUAACUAAAAAUCUAAGUUACAACCGCUGUAUAAUAUAACAAACGACGAUACGUUAAUUUGUCCUCCUGUACUUAAAUUCGAGAUGACGCUAGUUUAUCUUUUUAUAAAAAUAUUUCGUAAUAGAAAUAAAAAUUCAACACAUUUACUUUAUAUUUUUAAAAAUAGGCAACAGAGCUCCAUGACGGUACAAUCAUUGAAUUUAUUAUAAAAACAAGUGAAUUGUCUACGAUGUAUUACUCUCUAAUAAUAUUAAUCACGAACAA